UCCCGUCGAAAUAACGGCAGCGAACAACUCGCUUGGUCUGCUUGGUGCAUUGGUUGGUUUCGCCUGUUCCCUGGGGCCGUUAUGACAGGAUGGCCGAAUCGCUGACUGAUCUUUUUUCGGCGCGAGAACAAUUGAUGUAAGAGUGCAGGAUUGUUCCAGGUAGUUAUGAGACGCCGCCGGUGACUCCUCGGGGCCCAGUGGCACAGCUACCAGCACCAAUUUUUCCAACACAGCCAUCAUGGCAGGUCGGGGUGCGAGGGACAAUGGAAGACCUGGACACCCGUCGGACGCCUUCCAGUUGGAAGCAUUGGAGAAUGCCGAGGAAGACGAGCAUGGCUACGUCCACCCGUCUCGACUUGGCGGGGAUGGCGCUGAAGUGCGACGGCCAAGCGUGCCCUUUCACACCCGCAACCUCAUCAGGCAGCUGCCUUCCCGGAAUCUAGAUGACCUCAGCACAAUGGAGCCGGACGCCGUCGUCUCGGAGAAACCCCGGGGCGACAAGGUGCCAGCAGUUGCAGCCCCCUCUGACGCUGGCAGCAGCCAGCGGCGAGACAACUGGCGCUACCUGACACUUCGCGUGCGCGCGGCCACGGCCAACAACGCCAACGACAUGAACGCCGAUGACCUGUUCCACAUCCUGCGAGCAGACAGCAACUUCUCGGAGGCCGUCGCGCUGGCCACUCUGCGCAACUCCAAGCAGAGCCUGACACUGAAGCGCUCGGUAAAGCGCCGCCUCACAUCAUCGAGGGCCGACCACGCCGGCACCGGUCACCGCAGUGUCUCGUGGUGGCGGAGGACCAAAUUCUCAAUUGCCAUGGCAAUGCAGCGGGUCAAGCGGGGCCUGCUCGAUGCCCUGUCCCACGUGGACCUGUGGCACAGCCACCUCAAGGACAUCCAGGGCAACUUUGGCUCCGGGGUGGCCUCCUACUUCCUCUUCCUGCGUCGUCUGCUCGCCCUCAACUUCUGCAUGGGUGUUCUGCUGAUGGGUUUUGUGGUAGUGCCUCAGCUGAUCUAUGAGCGGGCCCCAACAGCUACGCGGUCGGACUACUCCACUUCUUUCGGUUACGAGGGCCCAUUUGUCAACGUCUUCACCGGAGCGGGCCGGUUUGCAGAUACGGUGAUGUACUACGGCCACUACAGCAACGAGACGGUGCGGUGGCCACCACGCAACCCCCUGUUGUACAACUUGCCGCUGGCGUACUUCUUCACGGUGGCCGUGUGCCUGUUCGCCUGCCUAGUCACCUUAGCCUACAGCCUGACCCGGUCAUACAAGCAAAAUUACAUCGAGACGUCGAUAGGCGUAAAGGACGUGUACUGUGCCAAAGUGUUCUCAGCAUGGGACUUCAGCAUCGCAUCCCGUGAGGCGGCCAUGCUCAAGUCACGCAGCAUCUACAACGAACUCAAGGAGCUGCUGUCAAUGGAGCGGCGGGCUGUGGAGGCGCCGCCCACGUGGGGUGUCAGGAUAGGCAAGUUCCUGGCCCGCGUUGCUGUCAACCUGGUCAUCCUGGCCAUCAUGGCGGGCUCCGGCACGCUCGUGUAUCACCUGCUGUCCAAGAAAUCUCUCGAGACUGACAUUCCCGUGCUGGGCGAGAUGACGGUGUCCCUGACGGUGGGUGCGCUGUGCUUUGUGCUGCCCACGCUGUUCCUGGCCCUGUCCCGGCUGGAGUUCAUCGAGCAGGUCCAGACCAGGCUCUACCUCAACCUGUCCAGGGUGACCCUGGCCAAAAUGGUGCUCCUGGGCGUGCUCAUGUACUUCUGGCUGGCCUCAAAGCAGCACCGGGAACGAUGCUGGGAGAGCCAGCUGGGCCAGGAGCUGUACCGGCUCCUGGUCGUCGAUACAGCAUUCGUCCUGCUCCUUACCACAGGCGUGGGUGAGGCUCUGCGCUCCUUCAUCUACAAGCACAUAACACCACGUGUGGGGCCACCGGAGCUGGACAUCGCGCACAACACACUGGAUCUCAUCUACACCCAGACACUCGUCUGGGCUGGCAUGUUCUACUGCCCGCUGCUGCCCCUGGUGGGCUGCGCCAAGCUGGUGCUGACCUUCUACGUCAAGCGGGUGAGCGUCAUGUGCACACAGCCGUCGGUGCGGCCCUGGCGGGCUGUGCACGCCCAGACGGUUUUCCUGGCUCUCACCUUCUUCAGCUUCGUGCUGGCCACGGGCACCCUGGGAUAUGCCCUGCUCAGAAUCCGACCGUCGGAGGUGUGCGGUCCUUUCAAGGGGCUGGACAUGGCAUACGCGGCCUUCCUGGCGCUCUUCGACAUCAACAGGUGGUCAACCGUGGAGCAGACGGAGACCAGCCGUGCGUUCCAGUACCUGCUGUCGCCCUUUACCUUCUUCCUUGGCAUUGUGCUGCUUAGCCUGUGGCUCUACUACAUGCGAGCCCUGGCCCAUGCCCACGCCGAGAUGGUCACCUUGCUCCGCGAGCAGCUCAUCAUGGAAGGGAAGGACAAGGUGUUCCUGCUCCAGCUCUUUGAGAAGGCCAUGGAGCAAAAGAUGUCUGCACUCAAAUUUGGCACUGCACGAAAGCGGCAAGGCGCCAGCGGCGACCUCUCGCCCUUGGGCUCACUGCGACGACGCACCGGGGGAAGCGGAACCGGGAGCUCCGCCGAGGGGUCUCCCCAGCGCAGCCUGGGCAGCCUGCCCAGACCCCAGCAUCAGCAGGGUUUUCAGUACCUGGCCAAGUAACCAACAAGCUGCACACACCGAGGGCACAUCCGACACCACUGCUGCCAUCAGGCCAAAGAAUGCGUUGUAUCAAAUAAAGCAAUUACAUUAUGGUUGUGCGAUUA